CUGACCUUAAAGUAUAAACACAACCAUGGCCUCUAGAAGAUUGGGAAGGAUUGCUUUAGAAAACUCGACAUUAUUUAUGUGUGACAUGCAGGAAAAGUUCCGGCCCACUAUUCAGUACUUUCCACAAAUUAUCAAUGUAGCAAACAGAAUGCUGAAUGCUGCCAACACGCUUGACAUGCCGGUCGUGGUGACAGAGCAAUAUCCAAAAGGCCUGGGCCCCACCGUUCCUGAACUUGAUGUCAGCCAGCACAAAGUGUUCCCCAAAACCUGCUUCUCCAUGCUCAUACCAGAGGUUGAAGAACACAUAAAAAAGAUGAGAGAUCUGAAGUCAGUGAUCCUGUGUGGCAUUGAGACUCAAGCUUGCAUACAGCAAACAGCACUUGAUCUGCUGGAGCGAAACUAUGACGUUCAUGUGAUCGUGGAUGCGUGUUCCUCCAGGAGUAUGGUGGACAGAAUGUAUGCAUUUGAUCGAAUGAAGGAAGCCGGUGCUUUUCUGACGACCAGUGAGAGUAUGAUGCUGGCCUUGACGAAGGAUGCUGCAUCCCCCAAGUUUAAACAAGUUCAGAAACUCAUCUGGGAAUCCGCCCCGGACAGCGGACUCCUGGGAGAUAAAUAGACGCUGUGACUUAGCCCGGACAGCGGACUCCUGGGAGAUAAAUAGACUUUGUGACUCAGACACUUUGGUUAUUGGUUCAUGGGAUCUAAAAGCACAGAAAAUGAUUGUUAUAACGAAUACCAAAGAGGAAUUUUCAUCAGUGCAUGCAGCAGAAUCUAUUUCAGAUUCCCAGUUUCUGAUUUCCUUGGUCUAGAUUUUCAAAAUGAUCUUAGUUAAGGUUAAUAUUAACAACUUACAUUCAAAGUAUGAUAUAAGUUUUUAUGAUAAGAUACAUUUUGGAAAUUAUCUUAUAACUGUUGUAUGUCGUACGGUGCAUUUGUUAGUGGGAGAACAGUUCCAUCUUGUUCCUGUUGUCAAAACUUGAAAACAGAUCAUUGUCUUUACAUUGAAAGUUGCCAGAUGCAUUGCUCAUCACCCUAACUGGUGCCUUUUGCUAUUUUGAAAUUUUUCGAAAUUUUCCUUUUUUUUAUGUUUCCAUUGAAACAAUUUCAACUUAGUCUCAAACAAGGACAGGUUCAUUUCUGGGCCAUAAUUUGAAAACUGUUUAAAAUUUCUAUGAAACUACACAUAUGCAGUGAUUGGUCAUCAGCUUAACUGGAGCCUUUUACUUGUUUAAAAUUUGUCAAAAUGUCCAUGGAAACAAUUUCGACUUCAAGGGUAGGGUUUGUUUCAGGGUCAUAUCUUGAAAACCAUUCAACGUAUUUCAAUGAAACUUGGGAUAUGCAUUGCUCAUCAGAUUCACUUGCCCUUUUUGCUAUUUUGAAAAUGUUCUGAAUUUUCUUUUCCAAUGUUUCCAUGGAAACAAUUCUGUUUUAAUCUCAAACAAUUCUAUGCUUUUUCCAAGCCAUAAUACUCAAACUAAGAAUAUUUUUGCAUGAAACUAUACAUGUACACAGAUCAGCUGCUCAACUAUUGGUUUUUCAUAUUUUUCAAUUUAAAUAUUUUUUCAUUUUGGAAACAAUUUGGACUAUGUUCUAAACAAAUAUCAUUUGCUUCCCGCCAAGACUUUACAGCUUAUGAAUAUUUCUGCAGGAAACAAUUAUCUUUCCGGGCUAUUAUUGUUUUUUCUGGAUUUGAAAACACAUUUACAGUAUCGACUUGAACUAAUGUAUUAAAAGACAUGUGAAGAUCUGGGUUAGAAUAGGUCUUCAGCAAUUGCCUGCUCCAGGCUCGAUUAUUUACAGACCACAGUCACAUAGCCGGACUAUUGCUGAGUGCGCCUUUAAACAACAAACCUACUGUAUGAAAAGAAAUUUGGAGGGAGACAUAGGUUUUGGAGUAAAACACAUUCUAGUUUCAAAUAUACCUUUGGCAAAGCAUGCUCCAUCUUGGAUGAAGAUGAAACAUAAACGUAGACAGGUGUGGAGCUGUUUUAAGAUUCAUGACAUUCUUUUAAUAUCUUAGGACAACGAUAGCUUCAGGAAUGGGCUACGACAGAGUAUGGAGCUAUCUUAAGAUUUAUGACAUUCUUAUAUUAUCUUAGGAUGACGAUAGCUUCAAAAAUAGGCUACGACAGAGUAUGAUGUGCUCAAGAUAGCUUUAUGAUAAUCUUAACCCUCAGAUUGUUUUGAAAAUCUAGACACAGGUUUGGUAGGUGGUUUCAAAAACUGCAUUAACAGUCCUGCUGAUAUCUUGCUGAUGUCUGUGAGCACUGUGAUUGAUGGAGUAAUGAACAUGUUAAUUAUGCAUGAGAUUGUAAAUAAACAGACAAUGUGAUUGA